ACCGGACACGCCCAGCUCAGUAUACUCAAACAAAAGGCUGCAGAACAUUCCCUACUCUGGGUGUGGAUACAACAACACUCAGUACUGCUGUUUAAGCAAAUUGGAUUUAAACAAAUUUUUAAAGUGUCGUAUUGCUCGGAUGAUCCUCGGAUUGCUCGGAUGUUUCUCAGUCGUUUGAUGCAUCUAUGAAACUGUGGGAUAUGAGUGUGUUGCCAUAUGAAAAGUCGACUGGACCCCAAACAGAGGAGAACAUGAUGAAGCUGGUGAUUAUUGCUGUGAUCCUCCUCCUGUCUGUGUCUGGGGUCUCUGCUGCCUGUGGUGGAGCUGAGUACCUUAUAGGACAGGACUGCUGCCCCAUGUGUAGACCUGGUUAUUAUGUGCGGAAACACUGCACAGAUUUCACCAGCACAACAUGUGUUUCGUGUCCAUCAUCGUCCUACACUGAUGAACCCAAUGGACUUGUGUGGUGCAGAUCCUGCACAGUUUGUGAAUCCAGUAAAGGUCUAAGAGUGAAGAGGGCGUGCAGCUCCACCUCAAACACACUCUGUGAUCCUCUGGAAGGUCACUACUGCACUGACCCAAUCAAAGAUGGCUGCAGAGGAGCUGUUGAACACACAACGUGCUCACCAGGACAAUACAUCAAACAGCCAGGCACAUCGUCUUCAGAUAGUGUGUGUAGUGACUGUGUAGGUGACUCAUACUCAGAUGGAUCAUUCACAUCCUGCAGACCACACACACAGUGUGAGUUGCUGGGACUUGAUGUCAUAAGAUAUGGAUCAGCAUCAUAUGACACUGAUUGUGCUGAAAGAAAAAACACUGUUGCCAUCGUAGUCAGUGUAGUUGCUGUUAUAGUCCUUAUAUGUGGGGUUAUGGAGCAAGGUGAAAGCUGUAGUGUGAUGGCAGCAGUUACGUGA